AUGAAGCAAGUAAACGGUACGAGAAGCAAAAACAAGCGGCGCACUUCCCCAACGGCUAACGGUACUAUCUCUCCCUCUCUCUCAGUGUGUCAGAGUAUUUUGGUUUCUGUAAUUUCUGAUCCCAAUGAGGAAGAGUUUAGUAAUCUGAAAUGGGUGCAUGGAAAUGGAUUUCACAGUUCAGGAAAAGCAUGGGGGCUCCCAUUUGCAAGCUUACUGCAGAGGUUGAGGAACCCAUGGUUUCAUGCCCUCCCAGGGAGGCUCCGGAUAUGCCAAAAGCAUCAUGUUUCAAAGGUUGAAAUGAAUAAUGUCAGCAAUCCUAUAACUGUAGUGAUAAACAAAGCUCCGUGCAAAGAAACAGGCCUCGGCCGUGCAACUAAGCAUGUGGUUUACAAAAACAUCAAAGGCACUACUAACUAGUGCCAUCGGAGGAUGCCUAAAAUCCGACUUCAGUAAUAGAAAUCCUCAUCGUUGGAGUUGUAGAAUAUUAAUCUAGCACAUGAAGGAGAUGCGAGUACUGUCAAAGCUUCUUGCGACAAUGUUGUAUUGACAAACAAGGGGAAAGUCUCUCCACGGUGCUCAUGAUUCAUUCAGAGGAAAAGCGAUAUUCAUAUUAUUAUGUCUAUGCUGUAAAUAUCACUGAUGUUAGUCAAAUUUCGUGUUUGUUAGGCUUAGAAGUGAAGAAAGAAAGUAUAUCUCAUCGAAUACAAGACAAUAUAAGUCAUGGAUUUUGUUUAAUUAAUUACUGCAUCUUUAUCUCCA